UUAGAACUGGCAGGAUCCUCCCUUAGUGAGGGAUUGGUGGCCAUAAGCAAGGAGCCCAAGGUGGAGGGGAUAUGCAUGUGUGUGGAGGGGUCAACUCCUCGUAAUCUUCAAGUACUUUUGGUAACAAUUUUUAAUUGCACAAGCGAUAUAUAAAGACAUUUUCUUUGCAACAUAAAAUGAUAGGUUAAGACUCCUUAUGCAGAUAAGGUUUAGACACUUGUUUAAGGAGCAUCCUGGCCCACCUUUUAAAAAAUGUGUAUGCAUUCACGUUAGGGAAUUUUUUUCCCUGGGGCAUGGGGCAUGUCAUGGGGUAGACAGUCAGGUACGUCUCCUCUACCCAGCUGAUUCUCUUUUUUUUUGGAGACGGAGUCUUGCUCUGUCGCCCAGGCUGGAGUGCAGUGGAGCGAUCUCUGCUCACUGGGAGCUCCGCCUCCCGGGUUUACGCUAUUCUCCUGCCUCAGCCUCCGGAGUAGCUGGGACUACAGGCGCCCGCCACCACGCCCGGCUAAUUUUUUGUAUUUUUAGUAGAGAUGGGGUUUCACCGUGUUAGCCAGGAUGGUCUCGAUCUCCUGACCUCGAGAUCGGCCCGCCUCGGCCUCCCAAAAUGCUGGGAUUACAGGUGUGAGCCACCGCGCCCGGCCUUCUCUCUUUUCUCCUUUUCUUUCCUUUCCUCCCUCCUUUCCUUCCUUCCUCCCUCCUUCCCUCCCUCCCUCCUUUCCUUCCUUCCUUCCUCCCUCCUUCCCUCCCUCCCUCCUUUCCUUCCUUCCUUGCUUCCUUCCUUCCUUUUUCUUCCCUCCCUGCUUUCUCUCUCUCUCUCUCUUUUAUUUUUUUGAGACAGAGUUUCACUCUUGUUCUCCAGGCUGGACUGCAAUGGUCUGAUCUUGGCUCGCUGCAACCUCGGCCUACUGGGUUCAAGCGAUUCCCCUGCCUCAGCCUCCCAAGUAGCUGGGAUUACAGGAGCCCUCCGCCAUGCCCGGCUAAUUUUUGUAUUUUUAGUAGAGGUGGGGUUUCUCCAUGUUGGCCAGGCUGGUCUGGAACUCCUCACCUCAGAUGAUCCCCCCACCUCGGCCUCCCAAAGUGCUGGGAUUACAGGCGUGACCCACCGCGCCUAGCCCCCAGCUUCUUUCACCAGCAGAAGGCGGGCAAGCCUCAGGGUGAGAGGACUUCAAAGCACAUUUCACAUUGCAGAGGACAGGGUUUGGUGGUCGUGGGUACUCCCUUCCCUUCCAUCGUUUAGUUUUUUUCAUUGGGAAGAAAUGGUAAAAGGUGCUAGGACUCGAUGGGCACAUUUCGGGUGGAGGUUGGGAAGGUGGAUAUCCACCUGUCGAUCUUACUAUUUUCACUUUCCACCCCGCCCCGUAGAAAGUGGGAAAACUGGCACACGUGAAUCCAAGGGCACGCCUGUGUGCGCGCGCACCCCAGGGCACCAGCACCCCCCCCCCCCCCCCCGGCAGGUCCUUGAUUGGACGCCUGUUUACACCUGACUGCCCGGCCCUCCGGUGCUUUCCGGGAAGCGUUUGGGAGAAAAGUGUGUGGCCGCAGUAGUGGAGAUCCCCUGUCUUAGGAUUCGUCACCGCUACGCCCAGACCUCUUCGCCGUCCAAGAGCCUGGGGCCGUGGGGGGCGGGGCGGCCUGCUAUCGGCCCCGCCUCUCUCGGCCCCGCCCGGCCGACAGGACCCGCCUCUCUCCCCAGGCCCGGCGGGGCCGACCCCGCCUCUCGCUCCCAGCAUGCCGUGCGACAGCGGCGGCGCGGCGGGCGGAGCCGGGAAGCGGGGAAGCAGUGGCCGUGUGAGCGUGAGGAGCUGCCGCCACCGCCUGCUCCUCGUCGUCCUCGUCCUCCGGGGCCCCGGCGACGUGGGCCGCGCACGGCCCUGGAAGAGACGUCGCCUCCCCUUCAUCCGCCUCUCUCUCACCGCGCCGCUCCCGCCUCCUCGUCCUGCGCUGCGGGCUCAGGCGGAACCCGGAACGGCAGUCCUCUUUCCCCGCCCGCCGCCGCCUCCUCCUUCUCGGCUUCCUCCUCAGCCCCGGGCCGGAGCGGGGUGUUGGCGGCGGCCGGUUCGGGCGGCGACUCGCGCUUCUCUGGGCGGCGGCGCUUGGCCAUGUCGUGUCGGGGAAGGUAAUGAGCCGCAGAGCCCCGGGGUCUCGGCUGGGCGGCGGCGGCGGCGGCGGCGGCGGCGGCGGCGGCGGCGGCAGCGGCGGCAGCACCAACGGCACCAAGUAUUCGUGGAGCUGGAAUGACUGGCAACCCAGAACUGAUAGUGCAUCAGCCGACCCAGGUAAUUUAAAAUAUUCUUCAUCCAGAGAUAGAGGUGGUUCUUCCUCUUACGGACUGCAACCUUCAAAUUCAGCUGUGGUGUCUCGGCAAAGGCCCGAUGAUACCAGAGUCCACGCUGACAUACAGAAUGACGAAAAGGGUGGCUACAGUGUCAAUGGAGGAUCUGGGGAAAAUACUUAUGGUCGGAAGUCGUUGGGGCAAGAGCUGAGGGUUAACAAUGUGACCAGCCCUGAGUUCACCAGUGUUCAGCAUGGCAGUUGUGCUUUAGCCACCAAAGACAUGAGGAAAUCACAGGAGAGAUCGAUGUCUUUUUGUGAUGAGUCUCGACUGUCAAAUCUUCUUCGGAGGAUCACCCGGGAAAACGACCGAGACCGAAGACUGGCUACUGUAAAGCAGUUGAAAGAAUUUAUUCAGCAACCAGAAAAUAAGCUGGUACUAAACAGUUGGAUAAUAUCUUGGCUGCUGUACAUGAUGUGCUUAAUGAAAGUAGCAAAUUGCUUCAGGAGUUGAGACAGGAGGGAGCUUGCUGUCUCGGCCUUCUUUGUGCUUCUCUGAGCUAUGAGGCUGAGAAGAUCUUCAAGUGGAUUUUUAGCCAAUUUAGCUCAUCUGCAAAAGAUGAAGUUAAACUCCUCUACUUAUGUGCCACCUACAAAGCACUAGAGACUGUAGGAGAAAAGAAAGCCUUUUCAUCUGUAAUGCAGGAUACAGUUGGUAUAUUAGUUGGAUGGCAUAGAGAUCAUACUCAGAAACCUUCGCUCACGCAGCAGGUAUCUGAGUUUGGAGCCAUUUUGGGUAGCUGAUCUUGCAUUUUCUACGCCUCUUCUUGGUCAGUUUCUAGAAGAC